UUCCUGCUACAAACCCCCACCCCAAAAAAAUCUUCAGUUUUUCCCUUCAUUAUUGGAAGCGAAAAACAAGAGAUAAUCAUCAUGGUGAUGAAGAAUGGUGGGUUUGAGAAGAAGGUGUUGAUGCAGAAGACCAAGAGCUGGGGCAAGGAGGAGGAUCACAAGAGUAACAAGAUCUUGGUAACAAUCAAUAUCUUAGGGAGUUCGGGGCCAAUAAGGUUGGUAGUUAAUGAAACAGAUCUUGUUUCACGUGUUAUUGAGACAACACUGAAAUCCUAUGCUAACGAAGAGCGCCUUCCUCUGUUGGGAUUUGAUGCUACCAACUUCUUUCUCUAUUCUCCAGAUGCCGCCUUCCAUGUAUAUGCUAGGAGCAAAUUAAAAGCCGAUGAUUGUCUUUGCCACUUUUAACAGAUCUAGAGCCGUUGAAACCCAUAGGAUAUUAUGGAGCAAGAAACUUUGUGCUGUGCAAAAACCAG